AUGGCCCUCAUCGUGGGAAGUGAUUUGCUGGGUGUUCUCACUGCCCAAGUGUGGAUUGUCAAGGGCUCCUAUAAGUUUAAUUCACUUAAUUGCGAAGUUUGCGCUCCAGAGAUGGGUCAAGUCAAACAGUGCCACAUCAAGGCCAUCGAUAGAAAGCACAACAUGAUGAAUAUUGAGGCCUUUUUAAACAAAACCAUAUCACAGUUUGAGAUCCAUUUCAAGAUUGUUAAACGCGAGAGUGGCGGCUGGCAUCCCUUUUUGUACGAUAUAAGAAUGGACAUUUGCCAGUUCUUUAAGAACCGACGGAAAUUCUUCAUUUCCAAUCUUAUUUAUUCUUUUAUGAAGCCAUUCACAAAUGUUAAUCACACUUGUCCAUACUUGGCUGGAUCAGAAAUGCAACUUUUGAAUUGGACUCCGGACGAAGAUAAAGUUCUAGCCAAAUUUCCAGUAGAUCACGGCCAAUAUGGCCUUCAGACGACUUGGUAUGUCAAUAAAGUCGCAGCCCUGAAAAUAAAUGGCUCGGUUUUAUUUUUUAAAUGA